CGUCCUCUAAACUACGAGCUCACUGGCGAGGCUGAAUCAUCGGAAAUGAGCAAGGUAGGGGGCAUGGAUUGCAUUUACAGAGACCCCAGAGCACCCGUAGAGGCUCGUAUCAAAGACAUACUUUCUCGAAUGACAUUGCAAGAGAAGGUCGGUCAGAUGACCCAGAUUGAGCGCUGUGUCGCCACCCCCGACGCGAUCAAAGACCUCUCCAUCGGGAGUAUACUGAGUGCUGCUGCGUCUGGACCCUUUGCGAAAGCAGUGUCGUCGGAUUGGGCUGAUAUGGUUGAUGGAAUUCAGAAGUCUGCCAUGGAGUCACGACUCGGGAUACCUCUAAUAUACGGUAUUGAUGCUGUUCAUGGGAACAAUAGUGUCUAUGGUGCCACUAUAUUUCCUCACAAUGUUGGCCUCGGAGCUACCAGGUUGGUCAUGUUAGACGGAGUCAAAAAAAAAAAAAAAAAUCGAGAAAACCACUAGUAUUUUUGAACUUGCGACAGGGAUGCUGAUUUGGCUCGAAGGAUUGGGGAAGCAACGGCCAUUGAAGUCAGGGCAAGCGGCAUUCACUAUACUUUUGCUCCUUGUGUAGCUGUAUGCAGAGAUCCCCGAUGGGGGAGAAGCUACGAGAGUUACAGUGAAGACACUGAAAUUGUUAGAAAUAUGACUUCCAUUGUCACAGGUUUGCAGGGCCAGCCACCCCGCGAACACCCAAAAGGCCACCCUUUUGUGGCUGGGAGAAACAAUGUUAUUGCUUGCGCAAAGCAUUUUGUCGGAGAUGGGGGUACGGACAGGGGAAUAAAUGAGGUAGAUACCAUAUCAUCAUAUGAGGACCUCGAGAGGAUCCAUAUGUCACCUUAUCUGGACUGCAUUUCUCAGGGAGUUUCCACUGUUAUGGCAUCCUUUUCUAGCUGGAAUGGGCACAAACUUCAUGCCCAUCGUUUUCUACUCACAGAAAUAUUAAAAGAUAAGCUAGGUUUUAAGGGUUUUGUAAUUUCUGACUGGGAAGGACUUGACCGACUAAGUAAACCUCAUGGCUCAAAGUAUCGUUACUGCAUUUCCACUGCUGUUAAUGCAGGAAUAGAUAUGGUGAUGGUGCCUUUGAGAUACAAACAAUUCGUGGAGGAUUUGAUAUUUCUGGUUGAAUCAGGGGAGAUACCGAUUACCAGGAUUGAUGAUGCAGUUGAACGAAUUCUUAGAGUGAAGUUUGUUGCCGGUCUUUUUGAAUUUCCUUUCUCAGAUAGAUCUUUGCUUGAUAAAGUUGGUUGCAAGUUGCAUCGAGAUCUAGCACGUGAAGCAGUCCGCAAGUCCUUGGUCCUUUUGAAAAAUGGAAAAGAUCCUAACAGACCUUUUCUUCCUUUAGACAAAAAUGCUAAAACAAUUCUUGUUGCUGGUACACAUACUGAUGAUCUUGGAUAUCAGUGUGGGGGGUGGACAGAAACUUGGUAUGGAGGCAGUGGAAGGAUUACAAUCUGCACAACCAUCUUGGAUGCCAUCAAAGAAGCAGUGGGAGAUGAAACGGAGGUAAUUUAUGAGCAAUAUCCAUCAGCAGACACUUUAGCACGUCGGGACAUAUCGUUUGCCAUUGUAGCUGUUGGUGAAGAAGCCUAUGCAGAGACCCCUGGUGAUAAUUCAGAGCUCGAAAUCCCCUUGUUUGGAGACGACAUAGUGAGUGCAGUCGCUGACAACAUCCCCACAUUGGUGAUUUUAGUAUCUGGAAGACCCUUAGUUUUGGAGCCAGGGCUUUUGGAAAAGAUAGAUGCUCUAAGUGUUGCUUGGCUGCCUGGAAGUGAAGCCGGAGGAAUUGCUGAUGUUGUCUUUGGGGAUCAUGACUUCAUAGGCCGACUACCACUAACAUGGUUUAAACAAGUUGAGCAACUGCCUUUGCAUGUUGGAGUCAAUUCAUAUGAUCCUUUAUUCCCCCUGGGCUUUGGUUUGACAUACAGUAAGGAAAAAUCUCCAAACUGAUUAGUUCCUCAAAACAACUUACGCAGAGACAGCUGAUCUAUGAACAGAUUUUCCACUGGAAUGAAAGUUGUCUGUACUCCAUCUCCAUGUUUUUGUUGUAUCCUGCCACAGUCCCAUUUCAACCGGUUUCUUGUUGUUGCCUUGUAAACUGUGCAUGUGGCCCAUGCAUGCCGUGCAUUGAAGAUGAAUUAUGUUCUGUUCAAUAAGAGUAAGCGGUUUGGCCA